CGACGUUUUAUUAAAGUUGUAAGAUGGCGACGGUGCAUUUGAGGAUUGGGGAUCUAGUGUGGGGGAAGCUUGGGCGUUACCCACCAUGGCCAGGAAAGGUAGUAAGCCCUCCCAAGGACCUGAAAAAGCCAAGGGGCAAAAAAUGCCAUUUUGUGAAAUUCUUUGGAACUGAAGACCAUGCCUGGAUCAAAGUAGAACAGCUGAAGCCCUACCACGCUCACAAAGAAGAGAUGAUCAAGAUCAAUAAAGGCAAACGCUUCCAGCAGGCAGUGGACGCGGUGGAGGACUUCCUAAAGAAAGCAAAGGGGAAAGAACAGAACUCAGAUGGCAAAGGAGACUCAAAAGGAAAGAAAACACCCAACAAGCCACUUAAAAUACUGGAGGAGGAUGAUGAGGAUCUCAGUGCGCUGAAGGACCCUUCUGAGAAGGACUUAACAGACUCUGACCCCGAGCCGUCCACUAUUGAGAGGCUGGGGGCUGGACCUGGCUCAGGAUUCAAAUGGGAAAGCAGUCCUGUGAAGGACGACCCACAUUUCCAUCACUUCCUACUCAGCCAGUCUGAGAAGCCGGCGUCAUCGAUGGAACCCAUUAGCAAGCGUCUGAAGAUCGUGGAGGAGGACACAGGGUCGACAUCUAUCCAAGCAGCAGACAGCACAGCCAUCAAUGGCAGCAUCACACCCACAGAUAAAAGGAUAGGGUUCCUGGGGCUGGGGCUGAUGGGUAGCGGUAUAGUUUCCAACCUGUUGAAAAUGGGUCACGUUGUCACAGUGUGGAACCGCACGGCAGAAAAGUGUGACCUGUUCAUCCAGGAGGGAGCCAGGUUAGGCCGGACUCCUGCAGAGGUGGCUUCAAUGUGCGAUAUCACUUUCUCCUGUGUCUCUGACCCAAAGGCUGCCAGGGAUUUGGUGAUGGGACCCAGUGGAGUGCUGCAGGGAAUCAGGCCGGGCAAAUGUUACGUAGAGAUGUCUACUGUAGACCCAGAGACCAUCACAGAACUCUCACAGGUGAUCACGUCGCGGGGCGGCCGUUUCCUGGAGGCUCCGGUGGCAGGAAGCCAGCAGCUCUCCAACGAUGGGAUGUUGGUCAUCCUCGCAGCUGGUGACCGAACAGUUUACGAGGACUGCAGCAGCUGUUUCCAGGCCAUGGGCAAGACCUCCUUCUUCCUGGGUGAAGCAGGCAACGCAGCGAGGAUGAUGCUGAUCCUCAACAUGGUGCAGGGCAGCUUCAUGGCCACCAUUGCAGAGGGGCUAACUCUGGCCCAGGCCACGGGCCAAUCACAGCAGACCUUCCUGGACAUCCUGUGCCAGGGCCAGAUGGCGAGCACCUUUGUGGACCAGAAAUGCCAAAAUAUUUUACAGGGCAACUUUAAGCCAGACUACUAUUUAAAACACAUUCAGAAGGACCUGAGGCUAGCUAUCUCCAUGGGCGACAUGGCCAAUCAUCCAACCCCAAUGGCUGCAGCUGCCAAUGAGGUUUACAAGAGGGCUAAGGCACUGGACCAGUCAGACAACGAUAUCUCUGCAGUGUACAGGGCCUACAUUCACUAGAGCGAGGUGUGACCCAUCCUCUGGACCACACAGUCUUUAACCCCUUAUUAUUUCUCCCUCGUCAUCUAACGAGUUGGUUUUUUCUUGUUUGUUUUUAUUUUAUUUUUAAAUUCUAAUAGUUUUAUUUCAUUCUGCCCCAAGGCGCCAGCCACGUUACCCGCCCACAGAGAUGGGAUCGUAAUUCCUUUUAGUUAGAGGCAACCUUGAGCAUUGCACUGACUUUACAGAGGGAAUACACAUGAUACAUAUAUAUGUAUAUACGAGCGCUCUAAACGAGGUUGUACCACUGCACCUGGCACUGUGCUGCAGUGGGUUUGGGGGGGGGGCGGAGGAGGGGGGGGGCAGCUCGUCCGGUUUCUGAUAUCUUAACAAAUGGUAGAAGUCAUGCAAGGAUGUGGGGGUCCAGUGCCACUGUGAAGAGCAGGGUGUCCAGCUCCAGCCACAGAUAAUGCUGUCAGGUUUUGUGGAUGUAUAAACCCUAAAGAUUUUUCUUUUUUUCUUUUUUUUUGUUCAUGUACAAAUGAGUUUAUUUAAUUCAGUGUGAUCUAUUGAUUUACUUUUUAAAUGUCCAGAUUUCCAUGAGAGAAAAAACACCAAGAACAUGCCACUGCAUUGCCUUAAUAUUGUAACCCCUCGAGUCUCUCAGUACUAGAUGUAUUUAUUUAUGUUCUCUUUCUAGGUCUUCUUGGUGCAGUUUGGUCAUGGCUCGUUUCUGUGUUUGAUGAAGUUGAUUUAUGCUUUUUAAGUUGGUGUUAAUGAAUCUUUUCUUUUGAACAGGUUAAGGACAGAGCAACAGAUGUGUUGAGGCCUUAAAAUGCAGUAAUUAAUAUUUGUCAUCAAGAUUUCCUUGAGAUUUUACAUGUUUUUGCUUCAUUCAUGAGUUUGGAAGAGUUCUCAUUUCCACUGUGUUUUUCUUUUCUUUUCUUUUUUAAUAUAUUCUGGAACUAGAUGAAUCCCAUUUUUGAGUUUCAUUUAAAGUGAGGUUGAUAAUUAAGCCCCGGUGUCAGUCGUGGUUGUUGUUGUUUUUCUGGUAGUUGCAGAUAAAAAGUUUCAUGGGACAUAAAUGUACAAUUAAAAACCAAACUAACAGAAUGGUUGGAUCUGGGGUUAGGAUGGUUUCAUGACUCUGAAGGCUGUAGAACAAAUCCUCAUUACUGACAAACUGUUACACACACACACACACACACACACACACACACACACACACACACACACACACACACACCUCAAUACUUUGUUACAUUUCCAUAUUUAACAAAUCAGAGCCCCAAGCCGAAUGUCAUCACACAUCCUGAUGAAUGGUUUCUCUCUCACAUUGGCCUCAAAUACUAUGUAUUAGAGGUCUUCACAAAUCUAUUCAGUUCUAGAGUGAACUGAGCCGGAUUCAGUUCUAAAAGCAGACCCAUACAUCAGUCAGCCAGUAUAAGAUGACAGACUCAUUAUACAUGUGCUGAUGAUUAACAAAAAAGAAAAAAGCCAAAGACAGGUUUAAAGGUCAGAGAGCAAUGACAAGUUUAGAUUUCAACUAUAAAAUAUCUCAGAUGUCAGUAUUAGUUCAGUCGAGCUCCUCUUGGGUCAAAAUUGGGGGUCUGGUAGGACCCUGUUCAGUGAGUGAACCCUAACUCUAACCCUUUUCCACCAUGACUGGGUGUUUGGAUGGGGUCUCUUUAGGUAGGGUUUCUAUUGAGGGGGUUGUUGUGGAUCAGGUGUGAAGAACUCUACUGCAUAGUAUGAAACGUAUCCUGUGUGUAUGCAGAUGUAAAUGAUAACACGUGUCAAAUAUGUCAAAGAAACAGCACGGUUGUUCAUACCGGAGCAGAGAUGCUGAGUCCAGAUACACUCACACACACAUUAGAUCAGAGCCAACUCAUAACUUCCGACUAUCUGACUUCACACACUUUAUAAUGUGAUCGUUUUCUGUCAGAUUUCACAUUAAGGCCUCCUACUUAUAAUUGCAACAAUGUGGAACAUCAGGUGUGGGCUCUAAUUGAUCCCAAAUGGUUCAGUUAAAAUGUGGAUUAUGAUAAUAAAUCUUUAUUUAUUUUACUUUUCCCUUAAUGAAGGAAAAAUGGGAAAAAAAUCACUUUUGAACACAGUAGUUGGCCCCACUGCCAACCAUGAGCCCUCGCUGUUCUCCCACAGCUCAUACAGUAACACACAGCUCACAGGAUGAGAGUGUAUCAUCAGAAAACACAUGCAGGGAAUAAAAAGACCUCAUGGUGUUUUAGGUCAUCAACUUCAACAGUUUUUCAUCAAUGGUUUAGUUUGCAUGUUAAGAAUCCGACAACCCACUCUGAAACAUUUUCAGUUUGCCAAAUGAACCACAUUUAUGUUGUUUUCUUUCAUUUUAGCUCCCUCCUCACACAGCAUAGUGUAAAGAAAUGUUUUUAGAAGACAUGUAAAUAGCACAUUAGUAAGGUUUCUUUUAUAUCUCCAAUAACCAGGAUUAAUGAAAACCACAAGCUUUUUUUCUUUUCUUUUUUUUUUGAUUCUACAGAGCGACUUGUCUAACAUCUUUGUGUCUUAAUACUGUAGAUUGUUCAGUUCAAGUGUAAAUGGUUUAUUAAUAUGUGGCUUAUAUAAUCUGGCUUAUUAUCGCGUUCAAAUGAUAAUGACUUGGAUCCCGUUUAAAGAAAGGAGGUUGUAACUUUGGUUUUGGGGGAUAUUUAUGAUUUUGUGUACAUGUGGAAAUAUCAAGACUUUUGUGCUGUUUAAUAAAUCCUCUCCUGAUUACUGA